AUUAAUUAAUUUAUGAAAUGAAAUGAAAUGGGUUGGUUUUAUACGCCUCUACAGUCCCAGAGUCCAACGCAACUACUCGCAGCACCAUGUUCAAACCCACUUCUCUCACAUACCUCAUCGCUCAUUCUCGUCGUCGUUCAAUCGCAUCUUGCAGACACCUUGGAACAUUAGUGAUAGCAGAACAUGAAGGUGGUUCACUCACUGCCAGUUCUUUAAGUUCAAUUGAAGCUGCUGGAAAGUUGUUAUCUAAAGACAGCUCUCUAUCUUUGCUAUUGGCUGGUGCGGGCCCCACUUUACAAGAGGCUGCUGCAAAGGCCGCUUCGUGUCAUCCUUCAGUUUCUCAGGUGCUAGUGGCCGAUUCUGAUAAAUUUAAAAACCCUUUAGCAGAACCAUGGGCCAAAUUGGUCCAUUUAGUGCAGCAAAAAGGCGAAUACUCACAUAUAAUUGCUGCUUCAAAUUCUUUUGGGAAAAAUAUUUUACCUCGUGCCGCUGCCCUUCUUGACGUCUCACCAAUUACUGAUGUCAUCGACAUAUCAGAAUCUAAUACGUUUGUGAGGCCAAUAUAUGCUGGCAAUGCUCUAUCUACGAUCCGUUACACUGGUUCAGAUCCUUGCAUGUUGACCGUUAGGUCAACCUCGUUUCCAGUGGGCUCAACUUCAGCGGAUUCUAAAACCAAUCCUGUGCCAAUACACCAGGUUGAUUUAUCGACAUUUAGUGAAGAUUGGAAUUCUAGACAUGUGAAACAAACCACUCAAGAUUCAGAACGCCCGGAUCUUGGAAGUGCUCGUGUUGUUAUUACAGGGGGGCGAGCUCUCAAAAGUGCUGAAAAUUUUAAGUUAAUUGAGAAACUCGCUGAAAAACUUGGUGCUGCAGUUGGUGCUACUCGUGCUGCUGUUGAUGCGGGAUACGUGCCUAAUGACCUCCAGGUCGGUCAAACGGGCAAGAUUGUUGCUCCAGAACUUUAUAUGGCUUUCGGCGUCUCUGGGGCCAUCCAACACAUAGCUGGCAUGAGAGAUUCAAAAGUUAUUGUUGCAGUAAACAAAGAUGCCGAUGCACCAAUUUUUCAGGUCGCAGAUUAUGGACUUGUAGGUGAUCUUUUCGAAAUAAUCCCCGAGUUGUUAGAGAAGCUCCCGGAAAAAAAAUAAGUCCGUUCAACAUUCUAAAUUGAUUUUUAUGACAUACUGAAAUACGUUUUAUUCCAAUUCUCUAUAACCUAGUUUUGCAUUGGAUGCAUGAACGAACGACCUGUAUCUCUUCUUGCAAUGAAAGUUGUCCCUUCUUUUCUAUCA